CACCUGACCAUGCACUGUGUGAGCAGAGGAGGCUGCUACCUGGUCAACUCCCACUGUGAUCUUCAGGAGGAGGACCAGUGGAGGAGAGAGACCUACGAAGCCGCCUGGCUGAACCUCGUCAUGGAGACAAGACCACAGUACAAGCUGACACUGUUGGAGAAAGACGUCACUCGCAGAGAGAGCUACGAACAGCAACAGGUGGUCCACUUCCUGGUUCAGAGGAGUCCCAGCCAGAUACUGAGGCUGGGCAUCCAAGGAGGAGCCAUGAUGGAGCACCAGCUCCCCCUCAGGACGCCCCACCGCAGCAAGGCAGGGUCUCCCUGGGACCCUCAUCAGACCAGAGCCAUCGCCGAGUGUUCACAGGAUUGGGGGCCCGUUAAACUUGAUAAGGAGACAAGUGGAGGGCAUGUGGACAAACAGGAAGUGACUGCCACAACUACAGAUCUCCCAAAGCUCACCAAGCCAAUCAGAGUGAACUUCAGAGCCUCGAGCCUCAUGUCGUCACCAAGGGAAACCUCUCAUAGGGUGCCAAUGAGAGAGUGA